AUGUCUUUUGAGCCUUAUAAUGAUGAAAUGGGGGACUUGUUCCAGCAGGCUUGGCUUGAGACGCAACCAUUCAUGGAUCUGGGCGCCCCAGAUUCCAACGUUGACCUUUCGCAUGAUGCGGACACUACUGAACCACCAACUAUCCCUGAGCAAAUCACGGUUGGCCUUUUUGUACCAGACGCACAGGAACCAGCCCCGGCCUUCUUCCCCUCCACCGACGCUUUGUUCGUGGAUCCCAGCAUGCUCACAAUGAGCAAUGUUGACGGCAAUCUCCCUGCUGUAUUUCAACCUACCGGCUCCGAAUCCGCCAUGAUGAUGGAUGUGGACAACUCUGCUAUGCUCACGAUGGGCAAUGUUGACAAUAGCCUCGUUACUGAUUUUCAACCUGCCGGCUCCGACUCGGCCACGAUGGCGUCGAUGAAUGUGGACACCUCUGCUAUGCUCACGAUGGGCAAUAUUGAUAACAACCUCGCUACUGGUUUUCAACCUACCGGCUCCGACUCCACCAUGAUGAUGGAUGUGGAUAGCUCUGCUAUGCUCACGAUGAGCAAUGCUGACAGCAAUGUCCCUGCUGGUUUUCAACCCGCCGACACUGGCAUGACGGAUUUGACGAAUCAAGACAACUCUGUUAUUAACCCGGCAGAACUUACCCAACCGGUCGACUUUGUGAAUCCCAACGACCGUCUCAAUUCGCUCAGCUCUGAUAGUUCGAGUAACGAUAUCACUUCGGAUAACUCUACUAGUCUGGAUAACACUAUUAGUCCGGCUAGCUCUAUUUCCCUGGACAACUCUGUCAAUCCAGGCAGCUCUGUUAAUCCGGGCAACUCUGUCAAUCCAGGCAACUACGUCAAUUCAUACAACUCUAUCAAUCCGGACAACUCUGCCAAUCCGGACAACUCUAUGAAUUUGAAUAACUCCGUCAAUACGAAUAACUGUGUCAAUCCGGGCAACUCUUUCAACCCGGACAACUCUUUCAACCCGGACAACUCUUUCAACCCGGACAACUCUGCUUUGGACCCGGCCUUUUGUCUGCAUUCUGCGGCUGUCCCGCAAAGCGGCACCAACACUCCUCCUGGCGCUCCGGUACAUUACUCGCCGCCAAAAAUCCAGCUUUUACAACCCAAUUCAUGGCAGCCGGCCCCUCAUAGUUCAUGGGACACUUAUACACCCAAGUUCACGCCGGUGUCCCCAAGUCUACCGCAGCCCAAGGAAGCCAAGAUGUACGUUGAAAAGUACACGCCUCACGAGCCGACAUGGGCGUACCCCAUCGUCUUGGUCCACGGCGAUUUCCACACCGGCAACAUUUGGACAAUCAAGCCCGACGGCGGGCAAGGGUGGGCGAGCUUCUUCAUCAACAAGGGCUUCACGGUUUACGUCGUCGACCUGCCUGCCUGUGGGCGCUCAAUGGAAUUCGACCGGACAGUUGUAAAGUGGAGCAACUAUGCGAGUUGCAUGGCGAAGCCCACCCGCGAUAAUGUCGAAGCCACGCUGACAGCGGCGAGCACAUUUCAGCGUUGGCCUGACGCCCACAAGCACACUCAAUGGCCAGGGACUGGAUUGAGAGGCGAUGAAUUCUUCGAAACAUACAUGGCGUCCACGGUGCCACUCUAUUUCCGCCGACACGAACGACAAGCCUUUGGCAAGGAGGCUCUCACGACACUCGUCCAUCAGAUCGGACAAGUCAUUCUUCUUGGAGAGGGAAGCGGAGCGACUCUCUCGUGGCUAGCCGCAGACGCCCUUCCGGACUCUGUCAAGGCCGUCCUGGCCGUGGAGCCUGCUGGCCCCCCAGGAGGCACGAAUCGCGUGUUGAAGGACAACAUGCUGGUCUUCACCAACCAGGUGAGGUAUUUUGCGCAGCACCGACCGUACGGCGUGGCCGACAUCCCUCUUACUUUCGACCCGCCGGUUCCCGAGCCGGUAUACGACCAACACGGGGUCACUCAGCCGCCCCUGAACCUGUUUCCAAGCGUCGCCGGCCCGGAUAAUGCCGUCUACUUGCUUCAACGUUGCGGCAUGGACUUGGUGCAGGCCGAUACCAUGGGCACGGUCCUGCCCUGGGAUGCGUACAUGGAGAUUCCCAGGAAAUUGGUUGCGCUCGGCAAGGUGCGCCAGGUUGUGGUGACGGCAGACGCUAGCCAUCACACGACAUGCGACGCGGCCACGGUCAAGUUUAUGCGGCAAGCUGGCGUGGAUGUCGACCACGUCCAGCUGGGGGAGGCUGGGGUCUAUGGAAACGGCCAUCUCAUGUUCUUGGAGAAGAACAGCGACAACGUCGCCCAGUUCGUCUUGAACUGGAUUGCGGCAAGGGUGCCAGAGGGACAUGGAAGUGUCGCUGCUACCGACGGAAGCUCUGCGACUCAAUAG